GUCUUCUUCAUAGAGUCACUGUGUGACGACCCAGAGAUCAUCGCUGAGAACAUCAAAGUAUGUUUCUGUUUCUAUUAAGUGUACUGAUCUCGACUGUGAGUGUGUGUGUGUGUGUGUCCUGAUCUCUCGUGUGUGUGUGUGUGUGUGUGUGUGUGUGUGUGUGUGUGUGUGUGUGUGUGUGUGUGUGCGUACACAGCAAGUGAAGCUGAGUAGUCCAGACUACGUGGGUUGUGAUAAAGAGGAGGCGGUCGCUGACUUCCUCAAGAGGAUUGAGUGUUACAAAGUUACAUACAUAUCCCUGAACGAUGAGAAGGACAGGUAACACACACGCAUACACACACACACACACACACACCCAAACACACACAACGGGUAUCUAGUGAACCAUGUGCAGGACUCUGACACCUCUCUCCCCCUCCUCUUUCUCUCCUCUCCUCCCCUCUAGGAGUUUGUCAUAUAUAAAGAUCUUCAACGUAGGCAGCCGGUAUCUAGUGGAUCGUGUGAAGGAAUCUAACACCUCUCUCUCUGCCCCCCUCCCUCCCCGCUCCCCUCCCUCCCUCCCCCAUCUCUUUAUCUCCCUCCUCCCCUCCCUCUCCCUUCUCUCUCCCCCCCACUCGCAUCCUCUCUCCCCUCUUCUAGGAGUCUGUCAUAUAUAAAGAUAUUUAAUGUGGGCAGCAGGUAUCUAGUGAACCGUGUGCAGGACCACAUCCAGAGUCGUAUUGUUUAUUACCUGAUGAACAUCCAUGUAGCACCACGUUCCAUCUACCUGACCCGCCACGGAGAGAGUGAACUUAACCUGGUGGGACGCAUCGGAGGAGACUCUGGCCUGGGCCCACGCGGUAACAAGGUAGGAGACUGGUCUCUCCCCAGGAGGAACCAAGGUAGGAGACUGGUCUGUCCCCAGGAGUAAACAAGGUAGGAGUCUGGGGUCUGUCCCGAGGAGGAAAUAAGGCCGGAGACUCUGGUCUGUCCCAAGGAGGAAACAAGGUAAGAGACUGGGGUCUGUCCCCAGGAGUAAACAAGGUAGGAGUCUGGGGUCUGUCCCCAGGAGGAAAUAAGGCCGGAGACUGGUCUGUCCCUAGGAGGAAACAAGGUAGGAUACAAGUAAGGACCUUGUCUGUCAGCCCUGCAUUAAAGAUCAAAAUUAGCUAAAGAAAAUUGUGAUAAAUAAAAAAAGUAUACCAGUUUUAUUUAAGGACCAAAGAAUGGACAGCUGUGCCAUACAGAUUGCAGAAUAGUUUGGAAGACCUUUUCGAUGUACCGAUUCCAUGGCACAUGUUUUAUGAACUGAUACACAAAACAACACUGGAUUCAAAACUUAGAGUUUUUCAAUUUAAAUUAUUAUACAAAAUUCUUGCAACCAAUAGAAUGUUAUAUAUGUAUAUAUAUAUGGGGGAUACCACCAUCCCAGCUCUGCAGAUUUUGCUACGAAGAGACAGAAUCAUUUGUUUUGGUACUGUCCAUAUGUAGCUUGUUUUUGGUCGCAGGGUCAGGAAUGGCUGAAGAAUUGCAACAUUUACCUGGAGCUAACUCUGCAAAGAGCACUGUUGGGUGAUUUUAAAAAGUCAUAGUCAAUCGAUCAAUAAUAUAAUAAUACUCUUAGCAAAACAUGUUAUCUUUUAUUUACAAUCAGUAGAAUCUAUGAGAAUAGAAAGGUUCAUAACUUUUGUGAAACUUCACAGCACAGUUGAAAAAUAUACGGCAAAUAGAAAUCAAAACUGGAUGGUGUUCAGAGAUAGAUGGGAGGAGUUGAGUGGAGCUGAAGGAUGGGACCAAAAUCUAACAAAAUAUAACUAUUGUAAAAUAUUCUGUGUCCGUCAUAUGUAUAUAGUAUGUAUAAUUGGAAGUAGAAGCCUAAGUGUUGUUGUCCAUUAGUUUACUCCAAUUAGGGGAGAGAUGAUAGGGUUAGGGGAAAAUAAUAAAGACAAAUAUAUUUUGUUUAGUUUGCCAGUGCUCUAGGAGGGUACAUGCGUAGCCAGUGUAUCAAAGGUCUAAAGGUGUGUGUAUUUUGUUAGUGCUCUAGGACAGGGUUUCCCAACCCUCUCCUUGGGCUCCCCCAGCCAUUUCACAUUUUUGUUUUAACCCUAAACUGGCACACCUGAUUCAAUUAGUCAAAGGCUUGAUGAUUAGUUGACUAAUUGAAUCAGGUGUGCAAGUUUAGGGUUAAAACAAAAAUGUGAAACGUCUGGGCCCGAGGAGAGGGUUGGGAAACCCUGCUCUAGGAGGGUACAUGCGUAACCAGUGUAUCAGAGAUCUAAAGGUGUGUGUGUGUAUGCAUACGUGUGUGUGUGUGUGUGUGUGUAGUUUUCCAGUGUUCUAGGAGUGUACAUGCGUAACCAGCAGUGGAGGCUCCUCAGAGGAGGAAGGGGAGGACCAUCCUCCUCCAGUGAAUUUCAUAAAAAUGAGAAUUUUCAAUCAUUUAAAAAGUCUCCCUUUUUAGAUAAAACUAUACUAAAUAUAUUCACAUCACCAAAUAAUUGAUAAAAAAUACUGUUUUGUAAUGAAGUUCUACAGUAGCCUCAACCGCACUCUGUAGGGUAGCACCAUAGUAUAGCCGGAGGACAGCUGGUUUCCGUCCUCCUCUGGGUACAUUGACUUCAAUACAAAACCUAAGAGGCUCAUGGUUCUCACCCCCUUCCAUAGACUUACACAGUAAUUAUGAAAACUUCCGGAGGACAUCCUUCAACCUAUCAGAGCUCUUGCAGCAUGAACUGACAUGUUGUCCACCCAAUCAAAGGAUCAGAUAAUGCAUCUAGUACUGAAUGCAUAAGCUACAGCUAGCUAGCACUGCAGUCAAACAGUUUUUAAACAAAUUAAUUUCUUUAAAACUGAAUCAGAAGCAAGCGAGAGCGAGAGAGUGAGCUAGCCAUAUUUUGUUGUAUAUUUUUUUUUCACUUAGCCUACUCAAACACCUGGCUCAAACAGAGAGGGAUGCUAUGUUAGCUAGCUGGCUAUGGCUAACCAACACUGGAACUCUUCCAAGUCAAGAUACGUUUUUGGUUGUAUAAAUGUAUUGCCACCGGGGCCCGCCAGUGUAACUGCUAAACUGUACACUGUACUGAAUGAUUGUAUUGGGUUUACUAACUCGUUAAUUCUAGUUGUUAUGUUGACUAGCUAUGAUGUUAGCUAAUAUGGUGACAACGCUGUAGGCUGUGUGUAGUGGUUAUGAUAUGAAGGUUUGGCUUAGAAAGUAUUUUUCACCUGGUCACAGACAGAUGAUGUCUUGUGCACAAAAGUCCACAAGCGAAGGGAGAAGGUGAGUGGAGGAGCGCGCGUAGAUGCGAGAAGGAAUUCUACAACGAGCAAAAUGAUCAUGCUGUUUGUAUGUGGCUGGUAUGAAAGUGAACUGUUUUCUGAUGAAAAACAUUUCUUAAAUGGAAGCAAAGGGAACAAAACAGGGAUAAACAUACCUGAAUUUGUCCAAUUGAAACUCUUGUUUGCAAUUAUUGGACUAAUGAUUGUACCCUAGAUCAGAUAGAUGCAGGCAAGAGUGUGCAAGGCGGUGUUGAAUGUAUAACUGUCUGUCAACUUGUUUACUCAAAUGUUUCUCUCGACCUAGGUUGUAGCAACUUCAUGAUAGAUAUAGGGAAAAUUUGAGUAUCAUGUUUGAGUAUCAUAAUACAAUCGAUGUUACAUUGAGCUGGGUGAAUGGAAUAUGAAUGACAGUCAUCCAACAUGCUGUAAUGGAAAUAAAGCCAUGCUCAUUAAACAUCACCGACCGCCAUUGGUAACUAGUGUAUUAGAGACCUGAAAAUGUAUCAAAGUCCAAUCAAAAUCAAAUAGGGGGUGUACAUGUGCUUAUUUUUGUCCUGUUUCACACAGGUGUAAACUAUAAAAGUGUGUGGUGUUAAAUGGAAAUGUGUUUUUUGCAUAUACCACUCACCCUGAGACACCCUCAGAGAGUGGGGUCACAGCCGGGGAUCAGCAAUUGACGGCUCUGUAGCAAUUAGAGCUAAGUGCCUUGCUCAAGGGCAGAUCAACAGAUUUUUAAUCUAGACAGAUUUUUCACCAUUUAGGGUUAAAUCAAAAAUGACUGGGGUGGGCCGAGGAGAGGAUUGGGAAACCCUGCUCUAGGAGCGUACCUGCGUAACUAGUGUAUCAGAGAUCUAAAGUGUGUGUGUGUAUGUGUGUGUGUGUGCAUGCAUGUAGUUUGCCAGUGCUCUAGGAGGGUACAUGCGUAGCCAGUGUAUCAGAGAUUUGAAGGUGUGGACCAGCCAUAUGAAGAGAACCAUCCAGACAGCUGAGGGUCUGGGAGUCCCCUACGAACAGUGGAAGGCCCUAAACGAGAUAGACGCAGUAAGUGUGUCUGUGUCUAUGUGUGUGUGUGUGUCUUUUUGUGUGUGUGUGUGUGUGUGUGUGUGUCUGUGUAUACUGCCCUAUCAAGCAAAAGAGCAGUAACUGCUCAUAGUGAAACUGAGAAAAUACUUCAAAGUUGUUUUAUUGUCUAGCCAAAUGAAUUGUAGGCAGAUUAUUGGAGGUGGUUAUCUUAUCUUACUAUGAGGUUAUUUUUUUAUUCAUAUUAACCCUGACCUCUGACAUGACAUUUGACCCUAGACGGCAGUUACUGCCUUCUUGCUUGGUACACCCACUGGAAUACGUUUCCAUGACGAACUUGUGUUAAUAUAUGGCUGUCAGUGUCAUAUAGUUUAAUACUUGUAUCAGCAAAGAACAAUAGGUAAACCGUAGACACUGCAGCCCAAAGCUCAGUGAAACCAAGGUAAAAAGGCAGUAAAUGACAUGAGUGAUGGCAGUUAAUAACUUUUUCCUUUGUUUCACAGUAACUUUUUGCAGUAACUACAAACAGGAUCCCCCUUUUCUCCAUAACACAACACAAUGGAGGCAGGACAUUUGUAUUUUAAUACAAAUGUAUUUUAAUGUAUAAAAAAUGUCAACUCAUUUUUGACCAAAUGUGCAGUUACUGCUCUUUUGCUUGGUAGGGCAGUAUAACCCUCUCCUCUGUCUUGUCUGUCAGGUUGUGUGUGUGUGUGUGUGUGUGUGUGUGAGAGAGAGACCCGCUCCUCUGUCCUGUGUGUCAGGGUGUGUGUGUAUGUAACCUCUCUGUCCUAUGUGUCAGGGUGUGUGGGUGUGACUCUCUCCUAUGUCCUGUGUGCCAGGGUGUGUGUGUGUGUGUGUGUGUGUAACCUCUCUGUCCUGUGUGUGUGUGUGUGUGUGUGUGUGUGUGUGUAAUCUCUCUGUCCUGCAUAUCAGGGUGUAUGUGAGGAGAUGACCUAUGAGGAGAUCCAGGACCACUACCCAGAAGAGUUUGCACUGAGAGACCAAAACAAGUACCGCUACCGCUACCCCAAGGGAGAG